AUGGGGGGGGCAGCUUGGGGGGGAGCCCCCUACGCUAAACUAGACCCCAAGGUCAGAGAGGAUGGGGGAGGGGGGGGGCAGCCUGACCCCUACGCUAAACUAGACCCCAAGGUGAAAUCAGCGUUCACGAGGGCCUAUAACCGGGAGACCCACCUGACACCGUACUCCCUCCAACCAAUCAAGAAGGGCCGUCGUGGCGGGGGGGUGGAGGCAGAACCGGGAGGAGAAGGGCAAGAGGAACAGCCUGAGGAAGAGGAGGAGGAGGAGGGUGUUGCAGCUGACGCCAUGAUCAAAUUGAAGAAGGCCAAACCCUCCAAGGAGCCCAAGAAGGAGAAGACAACAGCCGGGAUUCUGGGAAGGGAAAGGGCAAAGGCAAGGGCAAAGCCAGGAAGUGACCCUAACCUCUCAGACAACAAAAAGCGAACUGUACAACACCUCUUCUCUGACGUUCUGAAGAACAAACCCUAAACGGUUUGACCACCACCUACCUGGUCUUAUCACCGUGGCGACCGGAGACAGAACCCUGGCUCUCUUCUUGACCCCUUUAAACUUAGGAUGUGCAUCCCAAAGGGGACCCUAUUCCCUAUAUAGUGCACUACUUUAGACCAGAGUCCCAUAGGGCCCUAGGUAUAAAGUAGUGCACUACUUUUGACCAGAGUCCCAUAGGGCCCUGGGUAUAAAGUAGUGCACUUCUUUUGACCAGAGUCCCAUAGGGCCCUGGGUAUAAAGUAGUGCACUACUUUUGACCAGAGUCCCAUAGGGCCCUGGGUAUAAAGUAGUGCACUACUUUUGACCAGAGUCCCAUAGGGCCCUGGGUAUAAAGUAGUGCACUACUUUUGACCAGAGUCCCAUAGGGCCCUGGGUAUAAAGUAGUGCACUUCUUUUGACCAGAGUCCCAUAGGGCCCUGGGUAUAAAGUAGUGCACUUCUUUUGACCAGAGUCCCAUAGGGCCCUGGGUAUAAAGUAGUGCACUAAAUAGGGAAUAGGGUCCGCUUUGGGACUUUACUAUAUCUUGUUAGCGCUGUGGAUUUAGAAAGGUGUGUGUGUGUGUGUGUGUGUGUGUGUGUGUGUGUGUGUGUCAGUCAUGUAAAUAUGUACCUUGUAGUAAAUAAAGAUGCUGUUGCUUUCUACUGCUCAUCGUAGACGGGAAACCUUUCUGGUCUGAACCGUCGAGACCAGCGGAUGGAUCGGUGAACGGCAGAACAGUUCUGGGUUUUUGUUGUAAAGAUUUUCACUGAUAAAUGACGACUGUAUUUACGGUA